CUUUCUAUUGUUAAACUGGUUCCCCGCUGAUACAAGCGAGAGUACCAGUUUACGUUAGCGUGUUUACCUGUUUCCAGUUGUCGAGUUGGACGUUUGGGAUACGAAAAUCAAGGAAGUCGAAAUGGCCACCAUGAGCAUGGAUCAGGAUACAGCCCAAGUUCUUUUCUCUGAAGGGGCAACAAUGGUGUGUUUGGAUGUUCCAGAGGGGACAGAGUUUGGAAUUGAUUACUCCUCAUGGACAAUUGGUGCACAGUUUAAGGGAGUUAAGAUGAUCCCACCUGGAAUCCACUUUGUGUACUACAGUGCUAGAAGCAAGCAGACAGGAGAAAUUGGCCCACGAUCUGGAUCAUUUAUUGAAUUUGAAAAGAAAGGUGUCGCUGUUAGAAAAUGGGAUGAAGUCAAAGAGGAUUUGGCAGACGACAAUGUCAGUGAUGAUGACAUUCAACGCAUUAAGGAUAAUCUAAAGGAACUGGACAGAUUUUUAGGGCCUUAUCCAUAUGACAGAUACAGGAAGUGGGUAUCACUCAGCAACUUCAUCACUCCGGAGUUACUGGACAAACUGCAGCCUCUUAGCAAAAGGAUUUCUUCUGUCACUGACUUUAUAUCAGAGGUCAGCAACACUCAGACUCGAAAAUCCCAAAGCACAUCCUCUCACACCAAGAAACUCAAGUAUUCAACUGACGAAAUAGGGACAUCCAAAGAAAUUAACUCUCAAGAGGUUCCAGAAGAAAAUGCAGAACCAACCUCUCUGAAGGAAGCCGAGUCCAAACUGCCAGACAUGAAAGUGAGGGAAGAGAGCAAAAUUCGAUUUAGUCUUAUACCAAAGCAGAAAUAUCCUCCUGACAGUACCCCAGCUGAAAUGACAAAAUAUAGCAUUGAUUUCAGUUAUGCUUUAGAAAGUAUGCUCAGUAUCAGUUACUGUCACAAUGAAAUGGGAAUUCUUGGGGAAAUCCAGUUUGCAUUCAUCUGCUUUCUGAUUGGACAGGUUUUUGAUGCAUUUGAACAGUGGAAGAAUCUUGUUCAUAUUGUGUGUGCUAGUGAGGAGGCUUUAACUAAACAUUCUACAUUGUUCUUAAACUUUAUAAGUGUUCUCCAUUUUCAUAUACAAGAAACACCUGAAGAUUUCUUCGUGGAUAUAUUGUCAGAAAAUAAUUUUCUUACAUCCACUCUCCAAGAAUUCUUUUCUAAUCUGGAAAACAUGGCACCUGAUAACGGACUUAGAAAUAGAGGACUGAAAUUCAGAGACUAUUUGACACAAAAGUUCAAGUGGGACUUCACAACAGAGCCAGAUGACUAUGCACCAACUAUUGUAGAUUUAGAGUGACCAUAAUGAUAUGAAUGGGUCUUUGCAUAAAAAUAAUACAUGUAUUUGCAACUAUAUGUUCCUGUAUAUUGUUUUGUGAUGGAUUUUUUUUUAUAAUUUUAUUUUUGUUACCUCCGACACCUUGUCUGAAAGCGCCAAUGAGCUUUUUUGAUAAGGUUUGUUGGUCAUCUGUGUGUAAACUUUAUCCAUUUUUAAGUUAUCUGAGUCACUCAGGUGACCUAUUGCUUUUGGAAUUUGUUAUCGUCCUUCGUUUGUCAUAUUGAACAUUUUUAAUUUCUUGAAAACUACCAUUCUAAUUCUUUUCAAAUUUGGUAUGAAGCAUGUUUUGGACAAUUGGGGCAUGAAUUAUAAAUUUCAGGACUUCUGCACCCCUGCAUGGGGCAUUAAUAAAUUUUAAAUUUCAGAACUUCUGUACCCCUUGGGCAUUAGGAAUGUGGCAACAACUGACAAAAAUGAUCAAUUUUUAAAAAUCUACAACUCCAUGUGUAACAAUAUUUAAAUUGUCGGGCUCGGAAUUCAUGUACCUUUUGUACUGUACUGUAUUCCUGUUGAUGAUAUUCCUGCCAUUACAGGUAUUAGCACAACA